CCAAAAGGGCCACCGUCUCUAUCAAACUGUUUCAGGAAGUAACACGGAGCGUUUGCCAUUCAUUGAUAAUUAUAUAUAUUCUGUAUUAUAAACGUAUAAUUUUGCAUUAUUGAAAACGCUAUUAUGUUGCGGAAAAGGACAGAUGGUCAAGAUGGUGAUGAAAAGGUUAAAACAGACAAAAAGAAGAAGGCGACGUCACCUGCUGAGAAUAAAGUAUCUCAACAUGCGAAUGAGAGGACAUGUUGGUCUACGUUCAUUCUGAUGGGGAAGAUACUCCUCCUCAUCAUCUUCAUUCCUCCUUUUCUAAAUUAUGCCGCAUUGCAGCGAGAAGCACAGAUGCUGUCUCCAAAAGAUGGACAGUCUUUUGAUAUUGGUUUAGGUCAAAAGGUCCACAUGACGUGCAAGGGGAAAGGACAACCAGUUGUUAUUCUCGAUGCCCCGACUGGAAUGUCUUCAGACAUCUGGCACCACGUGCAGGACAGCCUGUCAGAGAUCACGAAGGUGUGCACCUAUGACCGAGUCGGCCUGGGCUUCAGCCGCAGAGUGUUCCAGAACGAGACCACAGGGACGGAGAAGGUGUGGGGCAUGUCCACCACGGGCAGGAUGGUGGAUGACCUCCAUCGUCUGGUGCAGGUGGCUGAGAUCGCCACCCCCUUCAUGCUGGUGGGCUCGGAGCUGGGCUCCCUCAACGGGCGCUUCUACAGUCACAUCCACCACACGCAAGUGUCUGAUCUGGUGUUGAUCGAUCCCAUCCCGGAGAAUGUCUUUGAGGAGGAGCAGUGGCAGCAAUAUUGGUACUCUCAGCUGGUGCCCUCGCUGCAGGUGCUUCAGUUUGCGGCGGCUGCGGGCCUGAGCCGGGUGAUGAUCAUCCUGGGCCUGAUGAAGCCAGAGCUGCACGGCCGGAUGGUGUCUGAGGAGCUGCUGCAGAGACAGAAGUAUCUUUUGAGUAACCCCGCCCACCAGAGCGGCGCUGUGGACGAGCACUUCUUCCUGAACGAGAGCGCCUCACAAGUCAGGGAGAUUUCCAAGUUUAAGCCCCUGUCUUCCAAGACCUCGGUGAGCGUGAUCACGGGGGACACCUACGACCAGCAGCUGCCCGCCCAUCUCAACCAAGUGGUGGCAGAGCAUCAGAGGCACUUUGUGGAGCAGUCGUACCCCCAGGCCUCGCGCAUCCUCGUCCCCGGGGCUGACCGGCGAAUGAUCUACACCCAGCCGGCCGCCGUCAGCAAACAUCUGUGGACGCUGGUGUCACGCCGGCAGUCUAGACACCAGAGCCAGUGAAGCGAAGCGGCAGUCAGCGGUGGAACGCCUGUGCCAUCCUGCACCGAGCCAUAACCUAGCUCCCGCUCUUCAUUCUCUCCUCUGUCUGUUCUCUUCUUCUUCUCUUCUUUUCCACUCUCUCUCCUCUGCUUCUUUUUCUCUCUCUCACUUCCUCUACCUUCCCUUUUCUC